CCUUGUAUUAGACCGGUACUGGCUAUAGCCGAGUGAAGACAUCAGGUAGCACGCUCUCAGUUUUCUGACAUUAAAUAUUACUUGUUUUGAUCGUACCUCGUGGUUUCGUUGAAAUUGAAAGAAACUUUCGCCAGUUGAAUAGAGAACCGAAUCGCGAAGUGUCGAUACUCCGUGGCUGAAAAAUGGAGAUUUGCAACAAGCAGGAUCAAUUGUCCAAUGUAACUCGUGCAAAAUUGUCGUGUCUCACUGAAAACGGGGAAAAACUUCGAGAAGAGAAAGUUUCCACCCUCCAGGAACUUAUAGAUGCGCUGCACGAGGCUUUCAAAACGGAUCGCGUGGAUAUCGAUCACGUACAAGACCUGAUGAUGAACUACAAAAGCAAUCCUCAAGAGUGGAAGAAAUUUGCCAAAUUCGAUAGAUACAGGUAUACAAGGAAUUUAGUUGACGAAGGGAAUGGCAGGUUCAAUCUCAUGGUGCUAUGUUGGAGAGAAGGUCAUGGAUCAGCUAUACAUGAUCACGCUAAUGCGCACUGCGUGAUGAAAAUCCUCCAAGGGAAACUGUGCGAGACGAGAUAUGCGUGGCCCACAAAUUUUGAAGCAGAAGAAAAUGUGGAAGAGCUCAAAGAACUUGAGAGGAAUACGCUUGAAACGAAUGAGAUCUGUUAUAUCAAUGAUUCGAUGGGUUUGCAUCGUGUUGAAAACCCGAGCGCGACAAAUCCUGCAGUCUCCUUACACUUGUACUCGCCACCGUUCUCAACAUGCUCAGUCUUCAAUAAGCAAACUGGACAAAAGUCUAUGUGUAAGGUCACAUUCUGGUCCAAAUAUGGAGAAAAAAGGAAUCGGGAAAUUCAAGACACCAGGCCUCCAGAGGAUAACUAAUUUAAGCAAGAAUUCAGGAAUACUACUAACGAUAUGCCAAUUAAGAGCCAGUGAUAUUCUCUAAUUCACCACAAAAAUUCAUAUCGUUUGAAAUUGAAAUUGAAUAUUUAAUUUGCAUAAAUUAAGAUAGAUAUUAAUUUCAAUAAUUCGCUUAUUAUAUAUCAUAUAUUUUCGUCAUGUAAUCAUUUUCAAAUAUUUGCAUUUAAGAACUUCUAAACACUUUUAAAUAAGAACUAUUCUGUG